GUCCGCUAAUGGUACCGGAAAACCAUCGGUCAUCACUCGUAUUAUUCAGGAAUCUUUCUUAUCGGGUUGAUUAUCACAACGACAAUUCCUUCAUUAGCACAGAUGGCCGGCCUGUGGAUGUUGACCUGCGUGGACCUCAGCGGCUCCAGGCGCUGCGCUGCAGUGCAACCACUAACUAGGUAGCCUGCGCCGGCAGCGUCUUCCGCAUCAUCACAGAGCUGUUUCACAGUCUUAGACGGGACUCUUUUCACGCAACCUUGACAUGUUCUUAGAUCCGUCUAGACAAACUUGACAUGACCCGGAGGUGAUGACUUGCCAAGUUACCUGGGAAUUGCGCUCCGCUACUCACGAAUGUGGAUGCAAGCGUGAUGACGCGUGGAAUUGGUCUAGAUGUUUCAUUCUCCGCGAACCCAUGGCCGACUAACAGCCCAGGACGCCAUCGACAGCUCCAUCCAGCCAAACAAGCUUGGUAGAAAGUAUACCCAAUUGUUUCAAUAUGACUUCACCGCCCGCGAGUGUCUUCCAGCAAUCGUCGUCUCUCGCGCUAUCCGUCGAGCGACCUGCAUCGACAUGCUCUACUUCGUUAAUGUAAAACAAGGUCUCCACGCCGAAGCACCAUUUCUUCAGCCACGGGAUCGUGUCGUUCCAUCCUGGCCAUCCGAAUAACGUCCCCAACACGCUAUCCCGCCAUCCGUCUGAACCAUUUGUAGGCCUAACACAACCCCGAGGGUCGCUGAAGUCAUGCCAGGCCCCCGCGUAGCAAUCGUUGGAGCAGGACCUGCCUCCGUUGGGUGUAUGCCGGCGCGCCUGCUAUAUCGGGCCAUCGUCGAAGCAGCAGUCUUCGAAGGUGAGGCCUCACCGGACUUUCGAUCCCAGAGCGGGAGCCUACGCCUGCACACAGAGAAUGGACUGGCCGCGUUGAAGCAGGGUGGCCUUUUUGACGAUUUCUUGAAGUAUGCGAGAUACGACGGGCAGUACAUAGCUAUCGUCGACUGGAACAACAAGCCCUGGUUCGUCAAGUCCGCGACGGGUCCUGGUAGCUCGAUCCAGUAG